AUGGAAAACCAGGCAUCUGUUGAGCAGCGGCUCGAGUUGAUCACAAAAGGGCUGACCGAGGUCCAUGGAGAAGAUUCUAUCCGUCAGCUUCUAGAGGAGGGUAGAAAUCCCAAAGGCUUCUGGGCAACCGCUCCGACGGGCAAGCCCCAUCUAGCAUACUUCGUGCCCUUACUCAAACUGGCAGAUUUUGUCAAAGCCGGAGCGGAUGUGAAUCUCUACGCAUUCCUAGUGAACUACAAGCACUCCUGGGAAACAGUCGGCCAUCGGACAGCCUACUAUAAGCAUAUCGUGGGGGCAGUCCUCCGAACGAUAGGAGUCCCCGAGAACACAGUGCACUUUGUCGAAGGUUCAUCGUACGAACUGAGCAAAGAGUUUUCUCUUGCCAACUACAAGCUGUCCGUUCUCACCGAUGUCACCGACGUGAAAGCAACAGGAGACGAGUACCGCAACCCCGGCAAAUUGAGCGUUCUCUUCUGCCCUGGCCUUCCCGCCUUGGCUGAAGAAUACCUCGAUUGCGAUUUCCAGUUUGGAGGCGAAGAUCAGCGUGGUCUCUUUGCAUUCAAUGAGCGCUUUCUCCCUGAGUUGGGAUAUCGAAAGCGUGCACAUCUGAUGAAUCCCAUGGUGCCGGGGCUACAGGGCACGAAAAUGUCCUCUUCGGUGCCGGACUCGAAGAUCGAGUUUCUUGAGGACCCGGAAUCUGUGCGUCGCAAGAUCUUCAAUGCUCGCUGCGAGGAUGGAAAGAUCGCCGAAAAUGGGCUACUGAGUCUGCUCAGAUUAGUGGUUAUUCCUUUUAACCAGAACCGAAUGGAGAAUGCAGGCACGACCGAUGGUGAUCAAGGCGUGUUUGAUGUCCAACAGGGGAAUGGUGAGGUCAAGAGCUUCGCAUCGUACGAGGAGCUUGAGACAGCUUUUGCUGCUGGCAAAAUAUCGCCUGGAGAUUUAAAAGAGGCGACGACGCAAGCUGUCAAUGCGAUGUUGGAUCCCCUGCGUAAGCAGUAUGAGACGAGCAAGGAGUGGCAGGCGGUUGAUCAGUUGGCGUACCCUGAGGACCAGAUCUUAUAG